UUUGGAGGAGCGCAUUGUUUCUGUUUUUUAGUGAAGGAUGGCCGCCGACGCUGAACAUCCUCGCCUUAUUCUCCAUAAUUUCCUCUCUCUCGACCUUUGCAGGGAGCUGGGGUUCAUACACAAGAGCUGCUGCACCGUCGGCUACAGACCAAACGUCUUCUCCACCACACUCUCUCAUCUCAUCGCUACUAACUCUGCUCACCUCAUCCUCCCUUUCAUCUCUAUCAGAGAGAGUCUGAAAGAGAAGGCAGAGGAAUUCUUUGGCUGCGAAUACCAGCUCUUUAUUGAGUUCACUGGUUUGAUCAGCUGGAGCAAAGGGGCAAGCAUUGGAUGGCAUAGUGAUGAUAAUAGGCCUUAUCUCAAACAACGUGACUUUGCGGCAGUCUGCUAUUUGAAUAGUCAUGGGGAGGAUUUCAAUGGUGGACUAUUCUGCUUCCAGGAUGGGGAACCUACGACUGUUGUUCCUGUUUCUGGAGAUGUUAUUAUGUACACAGCUGACAGUCGGAAUAUUCAUUCUGUUGAUGAGAUAAUAGAUGGUGAAAGACUGACUUUAACAUUAUGGUUCAGCCGUGACAGUUCACAUGAUGAGGAUGGCAAACUUAUUUCUCUUCUCUCUCAGAUUCUCUUCAAUAGUUCUAUUGACGAGCCUAUUUCACACCUGCCUUUACCAGCACCCAAUAACAUGUACUGGUUUUCUCCAGAUCAAGGUUCUCUGUACCAAUCUGGAUUUGAUAUACGCUGGGCAAGAGCACAUGUUCUUGGAUAUACUUUUUAUUCUUUUGAUGAUCAACUAUUAGAUUCAUCACAUAAUCUUUCAGAGGGGCUAAUGAGUCCAUUACGAUUAGCUACGGAAGAUGAGUUAUUUUACAAGGAAUUUCUCAACAGUUUGCAUGCCCUGCAGGUCUUGCAGUUUUGCUUUUGGAAAGCCUUUGAGUUGCGAGAAACUGAAGUUGGAAGAGCAAUCAGCAAUGUGGUGCCAUUAUCCCAAUCACUACAAGAGAAAAGCAGUGGCCGGAAGCUUACGAUGGGUGAUCAUCAACUUGCAGAGAUGGUUUUCCACUGUAUCUCUAAUCAUGAUGAUAGCAAACCUGCCUUUGGUUGGGCUGACUUACAUGCCGCUGUUGUUGCAUGGGGAGAUUAUACCUGUAAGUUAAGGAAGGAACUGUUAAUCAGAUUUCCAUACUGGAGAACCUAUCAUUCUAUAUUCUUUGUUCCCCUGGUUGACCUUGAGAAAGAAGCUUAAUAUAUAAAU